AUGUUACGAAGACCUAUAGCGAGUACAUUCUUGUGCAAAAGAAAUUUCAAGUCAUCAGCAGUUGUAAAAUCUUCUGUAUUAACCCUCAAAGAAACCUUAGAAAAUGUGAUACCUCAAAGAAGAGAUGCUGUAAAAGAAUUAAAGGCUUUAUAUGGAAAUACCGUUAUUGGACCGAUUACAAUUUCAUCAGUCAUUGGAGGAAUGAGGGGUAACCAAUCAAUGUUUUGGCAAGGGACAUCAUUAGACCCCGAUCAUGGCAUAAGAUUUCAAGGUUUGACGAUCGAACAAUGUCAAAAAAGAUUACCUGGCACUGGUAUCAAUGGCGAUAAUUUCCUGCCGGAAUCAAUGCUAUGGCUGCUAAUGACAGGUAGUGUCCCAUCUUUUCAACAAGUUGAUUCUUUAAGAAGGGAAUUAGCUCUACGUGGAAAGGAGUUGCCGCAUUAUACGGAGAAAGUUCUGUUAAGUUUACCCAAAGAUAUGCACCCCAUGACUCAAUUUGCGAUUGGGUUAGCAUCAAUGAACAAAGGGUCGGUCUUUGCUACAAACUAUCAAAAAGGUCUAAUAGGGAAGACUGAAUUUUGGAAAGAUACGCUCGAAGAUUCGUUAAAUUUAAUUGCCUCUCUUCCACUACUGACGGGUAAAAUUUACUCAAACAUUACAAAUGAAGGACGUCCAUUAGGGCAAUAUAGUGAGGAUGUAGAUUGGUGCACAAAUAUAUGUUCUCUGCUUGGAAUGACUGAAAAAAACUCUUCUAACACAGGCAACCUAAAUUCUCAGCAAUCUCUAGACUUCAUAAACUUGAUGCGGUUAUAUACCGGUAUACAUGUAGAUCAUGAAGGCGGAAAUGUUUCUGCACACACUACCCAUUUGGUUGGAAGUGCUUUGAGUGACCCAUAUCUCAGUUAUUCAUCUGGAAUAAUGGGGCUAGCGGGACCUUUACACGGAUUGGCUGCGCAAGAAGUAGUAAGAUUUCUCAUAGAGAUGAACUCAAAUAUUUCCAGCAUUGCACUAGAGAAAGAAAUCAAGGAAUAUCUUUGGAAAAUUUUGAAAUCAAACCGUGUGAUUCCUGGCUACGGGCACGCGGUUUUGCGUAAACCCGAUCCUCGAUUCACAGCAAUGCUUGAAUUUGCGCAAAUGAGGCCUAACGAGUUUAAAAAUGACAAGAAUGUUUUGUUAAUGCAAAAACUAGCAGAAGUUGCGCCUAAGGUUUUGCUGGAACAUGGAAAGAGUAAGAAUCCAUUUCCUAAUGUUGAUUCAGCCUCAGGAAUUUUAUUUUAUCAUUACGGAAUCAGAGAACUACUGUUCUUUACUGUCAUUUUUGGAUGUUCAAGGUCAAUGGGACCAUUGACACAACUUGUUUGGGAUCGCAUUUUAGGACUACCAAUUGAAAGACCAAAGAGUUUGAGCUUUGAAGGACUGGAAGCACUUACUAAAGCGACAGGGUUAGUGAAGUAA